AUGCCUAUCAUAUUUGCUAGAAAAUUUGAAGGUCAAUCUUAUGACAUUGCUCGGGGUGAUGAUGACGAGAAGGAGUAUCUAGUAAAAUGGAAGGAACUGCCUUAUGAUGAAUGUUAUUGGGAAUUUGAGUCAGAUAUUUCUUCGUUUCAGCCAGAAAUUGAAAGGUUUAAUAGAAUUCGGUCUAGAUAUGGCAAACUAUCUUCAAGUAAGCAGAAGAGCAGCCUUUGUGAUGCGACAGAAUCAAAAAAGAAACACAAAGAAUUCCAGCAUUAUGAAAGCAGUCCAGAAUUUCUUUCUGGCGGUUCACUGCAUCCAUAUCAGCUUGAAGGUUUGAAUUUCUUACGCUUUGCUUGGUCCAAACAAACUCAUGUGAUACUUGCGGAUGAGAUGGGGCUUGGUAAAACAAUACAGAGUAUUGCAUUUUUAGCAUCUCUUUUUGAAGAGAGUGUCUCCCCUCAUUUAGUUGUGGCUCCCCUUUCCACUCUGCGGAACUGGGAACGUGAAUUUUCCACAUGGGCACCUCAUAUGAAUGUUGUUAUGUAUUUUGGCUCGGCACAAGCUCGUGCUGUCAUUAAGGAAUAUGAAUUUUACCAUCCCAAACAUCUUAAAAAGAGCAAGAAAAAGAAAUCUAAUCAAAUUGUGGCUGAAAGCAAGCAAGAUAGGAUAAAAUUUGAUGUGCUUCUAACAUCAUAUGAAAUGAUCAACAUGGAUUCAGCAUCAUUGAAACCAAUUAAAUGGGAGUGCAUGAUUGUUGAUGAAGGUCAUCGUCUGAAGAACAAGGAUUCAAAGUUGUUUUCUUCAUUGAAGCAGUAUUCUAGCAGACAUCGUGUUCUUUUGACUGGAACUCCUCUUCAGAACAAUCUAGAUGAACUUUUCAUGCUCAUGCACUUCCUUGAUGCUGGGAAGUUUGGUAGUUUAGAGGAGUUCCAGGAAGAGUUCAAGGAUAUCAAUCAAGAGGAGCAGAUUUCAAGGCUACAUAAAAUGUUGGCCCCUCAUCUUCUUAGAAGAGUGAAAAAAGAUGUCAUGAAGGAGCUACCUCCUAAAAAGGAGCUCAUUCUACGUGUAGAAUUGAGUAGCCAGCAGAAAGAAUACUAUAAAGCAAUUCUGACUCGUAAUUAUCAGAUACUAACUCGCCGGGGUGGUGCCCAGAUUUCUCUCAUCAAUGUGGUCAUGGAACUGCGCAAGCUCUGUUGUCAUCCAUACAUGUUAGAAGGAGUUGAACCAGUUGAUACUAAUGAGUUUCAUAAACAGCUGCUGGAAUCUUCUGGGAAAUUGCAUCUUUUGGACAAAAUGAUGGUGAAGCUCAAGGAGCAAGGACACAGGGUUUUAAUAUAUUCACAAUUUCAGCAUAUGCUGGACUUAUUAGAAGACUAUUGUAAUUAUAUGAAAUGGCAAUACGAACGGAUUGAUGGAAAAGUUGCUGGAGCUGAAAGACAAAUUCGAAUAGAUCGGUUUAAUGCAAAGAAUUCUUCCAGAUUUUGUUUUCUGCUAUCUACUAGAGCUGGUGGUUUAGGAAUAAACCUUGCCACUGCUGACACAGUUUUUAUAUAUGAUAGGUAA